AUGCUAAAAAGUCUUCGGAACCGAGUAAGGCGCGAGAAUGAGCCGCGCGUACUCAUUGUGGGGCUUGACAACGCAGGGAAGACAACGCUGCUAAACGCACUGGGUGAGAACGAUGUCCCCGAGGCCGAAAAGGCCCACAGCACACCCGCGGCGCCGGAGGGGCCAACGCAUGGGUUUAACAUGAAGACCCUGACGCGCGCUGGUCGGAAGGCGAAGUUGUGCGAUCUCGGCGGCCAGCGGGCGUUGCGGGAGUACUGGCAGGACUACUACAACAACACCGACUGCAUCAUGUACGUCGUGGAUUCUUCUGACCACCGCCGCCUCGAGGAGACCUACGCCUCGUUCGUGGACGUGUUAAAUGGAAUCCAGGGUGUUCCUGUUCUGGUCCUGGCCAACAAACAGGAUCUGGCGACGGCCAAGUCGCCACAAGUAAUUGCAGAGACUCUUCACCUGCAGGAGUUUCGUGACCGCAAGUGGCACAUCCAGGGAUGCAGCGCCAAGACUGGCAUGGGUCUAGAGGAAGGCGUCACAUGGAUUCUAAGCACCUGCACCUCUUGA